AUGGAAGCUGCAAAAGCUCAAAUUACUCAAGGUGCUUUGAAUGCCAUCUUCAAUGAUACUGAUCGAGUAAUGAAAGACUUCCCGGUACCAGUAUGCCAGGUAGUACAAGUCAAACCUAUGGGUUCCGGUGUAGAUGGACAAGCCGAAAGAUUCAGACUUGUUGUGAGCGACGUUCAAAACUUUGUACAGUGCAUGCUUGCCACUCAGGCAAACCAUGUCAUACACGACGGAAAGCUGACAAAAGGCUGCUUCAUUCGUCUGAAAAACUAUCAGGCGAAUGAAGUCAAAGGAAAAAGAAUUCUGAUUAUUCUCGAUAUCGAUGUCAUCGAAAGCUUGGGCACUAUGGAAAAGAUUGGAGAACCAACCGCGGUAAAGGUCGAGGAGGACGUUAAACCAACAAAUACUAGUAUUGCCGGAAGUGGUUUCUACGGAAACAAACCCCAACCUCAACAACCUGCAGCCCAAGAUCGUGCACUCCCAUCCCGCAACGGACCCUCUAGCUCCUCAUCACACGCCACUAUAUAUCCCAUAGAGUCUUUGUCGCCAUAUGCCCACAAAUGGACAAUCAAAGCAAGAGUUACAAGCAAGUCAGAUAUCAGAACAUGGUCCAAGCCGAACAGUGAAGGAAAGCUCUUCAGCGUCAAUCUUCUCGAUGAAAGCGGCGAGAUCAAGGCUACGGGCUUCAACGAACAGUGCGAUGCUUUAUAUGAGAUUUUCCAGGAAGGUAGCGUCUAUUAUAUCACGAGUCCAUGCCGUGUUCAAAUCGCCAAGAAGCAAUUCUCCAACAUAAAUAAUGAUUAUGAGCUUAUGUUCGAACGAGAUACCCUGGUAGAGAAAGCCGAAGACCAAGAUAAUGUCCCUCAAGUACGAUAUAACUUUUCCAACAUUGGAGAGUUACAGUCUAUUGAAAAAGACAGCACAGUUGAUCUCAUCGCUGUGCUCAAGGAAGUUGGAGAGAUCUCAGAAAUUACGUCGAAGACGACCAGUAAACCCUACAGCAAAAGAGAGUUAACAUUAGUUGACGAGACUGGAUACUCUGUACGAUUGACUAUAUGGGGCAAGACAGCAACAUCUUUUGAUGCCAGUCCAGAGUCGGUUGUGGCUUUCAAAGGUGUCAAAGUUUCCGAUUUCGGUGGUAGAAGUCUGAGUUUGUUAUCUUCUGGCUCUAUGUCCUUUGACCCAGAUAUCCAAGAAGCACACAGACUCAAGGGGUGGUAUGACUCCCAAGGUCGUACUUCCAACUUUGCCUCUCAUAGCAAUUUGGCCAGCGCUGGAGCAGCAGGAGGCCGCCAAGAUCCCGUCAAGACCAUUGCUCAAGUCAAGGAUGAAGGUCUUGGAAUGUCUGAAGAGAGCACAGACUACUUCUCUUCUAGAGCCACUAUCGUCUACAUCAAACAAGAUAACUUCUGCUAUCCAGCUUGUCUCAAUGAGAACUGCAACAAGAAAGUUGUUGACCAAAAUGAUGGCACCUGGCGUUGCGAGAAGUGCAACCAAAGCCACCCUAAGCCUGAAUAUCGCUACAUUCUCGCCUUGAAUGUCAACGACCAUACCGGUCAAAUGUGGCUAACGGCAUUUGACGAUGUGGGAAAGCUAGUCAUAGGAAAGAGUGCAGAUGAGCUGAUGGAGCUGAAAGAAAAUGAUCCACCAGCUAUGGAGAGAGUGUUUGAGGAUGCAAAUUGCAAGAUGAUGACAUUCAAGGUUCGAUGCAAGACUGACACUUAUCAAGAUCAAGCAAGGGUCCGAUACUCAGUCAUUUCAGCUUCAGCUGUAAACUACGCUGCCGACGCUUUGAAGUUGGCGGAGUUGAUCAAGGCGUACAACAUUGAUUAG